UAUUGUAAAGAAUUAAAAACCCUCCAAGACGAAAACGCAAAACCCUCGAAACAAAACGAAGCCCCUCAUAGUCCCUGGCCAACCCAAAGCCAUGUCAUCCGCCGCCGCCACAACCGUCAGGUCCGUCCUUCGCUCCGCCUCUCCCCGAACCACCUCUGCAGCGAGGCUCACUGCGGGCGCUGGAGCCAGAGCCAGACCCACGUGCUCACCAUUUCGCAUCCCCAAACAAAACCCUCUCACACAUCGCAUUUUCAGAUCGCCUGUGGAGAUGAGCUUCUGUGUAGAAACGCUGCUUCCGUAUCACACCGCCACUGCUUCCGCAUUGCUCAACUCUAUGCUCUCCGUCUCUCGCUACGGUUGGACUCCUGAAGGAUCAUGAGGAUGGUACUGAUUUGUGGUGUUCACUCAGAUUGCAAUGAUGAUGUAUGAUGAACGUCAGAUGGUUCGAGCAAAGUUUUAUGUACAUGCGCCCUAAGACAAGGUGCUGAAAUAAAGCAUUUUUAGUAGGGAUUCUAGAUGCUUGUUACCUGUUUACAAAGCCAGCCAAGGUGUCAAAGGAAAAUUUUAAUAACUCAAGUAGGAAGUAACUGAAAUCAUAAAUGUGUGCUUACAGAAUGAUGUUUCAAUAUAAAGAAGUUAGAUCUGUUUGGGUAUGACAAUGAUGAUAGUAAUGCUCCCUCGUCAAGUAGUUCCUUCA